UUAACCUUUUUCUCUCCAUUUCAUCAUCUUCUUCUGUUUCCAUUUGUGUCUUCUAUUGGGCUUUUUUUUUUUUUUUUGGUGAAACUUUACCUUUUCCCUUUGCCAAAAUCUUCUUCUUCUUCUUCUUCGAAUUCUUAUUUGUUGUACAAGUUUCAUGGCUGUUUUGCCUUCUAGCUCAUCUGCUUUGGAAUUGACCAUAUCUAUGCCUGGCUUUGCUUCAUCUUCAUCUGUGAGGGACUUGGACAUAAACCAAGUACCAUCAAUAGGUGCUGAAGAAGAUUGGAUCACGAUGAACAUAGAUGAUGAAGAAGAAAGCAGCAACGGAGGCCCUCCUCGCAAGAAACUUCGUCUCACUAAGGAACAAUCUCGUCUCCUUGAAGAAAGUUUCAGACAAAACCACACCCUAAACCCUAAACAAAAAGAGGCUUUGGCUAUGCAGUUGAAGCUGAGGCCACGGCAAGUGGAGGUGUGGUUUCAGAACCGUAGGGCCAGGAGCAAGCUAAAACAAACAGAGAUGGAAUGUGAGUACUUGAAGAGAUGGUUUGGGUCAUUGACAGAGCAGAAUCGGAGGCUUCAAAGAGAGGUUGAGGAGCUGAGGGCCAUGAAAGUGGGCCCACCUACAGUAAUCUCUCCCCAUAGUUGUGAGCCCCUCCCAGCAUCCACUCUGACAAUGUGCCCUCGUUGCGAGCGCGUGACCACCACUAAUCUCGAAAAAGGUCCUAUCAAGACUGCCAUCACCACCGCCACCACCACAAUGUCUACCAAAGUGACAACGUCCACCCUUCAAUCCCGGCAAUCUCCGGCGGCUUGUUAGGCGGUUAUUAUCAUGUGUAAUGACCCAUUUAAGUGAAAAAGAAAAAAAGAAAAAAAAAAAAAAAAAGGAAAAGAUUAGAUUAGAUAAUGUUCAUAGUAGUUUACAAGAAAAAAAAAUGUGUCUAUGGAAUGUUGUUUAAUAUCAAUUCCUAUAUAGAUACUUUUAAUUGGGGGU